UGAUGUAUAUGUUCUGUCAGCCAAAAAGUGGACACAGUAGGCCUACAACGUUUGGUAAAUGGAGAUUAGGUGGGGUUGUGUCUCCUUUUUCCAAAGAACAUUGACACGUUGAUUCCUACAAACUUAAACAAGUUGGCUCUAGUGCUAAGCGAUGACUCAAACCAGAGUCAGCAGGGGACUGGGUACAAACUCUGAGCUGUCUAGAGACUUAAGGCUGACUGGCCAGCAAUGACUUGACUUACUGUACAGGCGUAGCCUACUGCAGUGCCUUGUCUGUGAAAUAAUUCAAAAUCAGUCACAAACCCUGGGGAGCCUAGGAGAUGAUGCAGAAUCCAAAAUGAAUGUUGGGAGAAAAGCUGGGAAUAGUGCAUUGUGUCACUCUAAAUUUGUCAAGAAGGCAAGAAACUUUUCCUGAAGCUGCACUGUGGAUCUCUGAUGCUGUUUGAACAAGACUCUGCAUGGAGUUCUUUUUUUAUUUCUUUUGUUAGCUGUAGGAAAAAAAAAAAAAUGUUGCAUGACUCAGAUCAUUUGUGUCUUGUCUGGCGAUGUGAUCUCCCUCUCUCUGCUCUUUCCCUCAUCCCUCCAGGUGACUGCUAGCUGCCCAGCAGUGUGUGAGUGCCCUGACGAGCCCCUGGUUUGCCCUCCAGGAGUUAGCACUGUGCCAGAUGGAUGUGGGUGCUGCAAGGUGUGUGCUGCACAGCUUAACCAGGACUGCAGCCCCACGAGGCCCUGCGACCACCACAAAGGGCUGGAGUGUAAUUACGGCAACGAUGUGACCAUGGCCUGGGGCAUCUGUCGAGCAAAAUCAGAGGGACGCACAUGCGAGUACAACGGCAGGAUCUACCAGAAUGGCGAGAGCUUCCGUGCCGGCUGUAAACACCAGUGUACCUGCAUCGAUGGCGCCGUUGGCUGCGCUCCUCUCUGCACCAACAAGCUGCCACCGGCCUCUCCAUCCUGCCCCUACCCACGGCUGGUCAGGAUACCCGGGCAGUGCUGCUUCAGUGUGGUCUGCCAUAAGGGUACCUGGUGGCUGCCACCUAAGCAUCAGGUGCCUCCACCACAACAACACCUGACCAGACGUCAGCACCAGCCUGAAAAUGAGCUGGCCAACGAGCUCGCCGACGCCAAGUCCAGCGGCUGGGAGAGUGAACAUGGAUACAAACACCUGCCUGUGUGGAACCAUCUGAAGGAGAAGAAGUGUCCAGUCCAGACCACUGACUGGUCCCAGUGCUCCCGCAGCUGUGGGAUGGGAGUUUCUUCUCGCAUCACCAACAAGAACCCUCAGUGCAAGCUAGAGAGAGAGACGAGGAUCUGUACCGUACGGCCAUGCCACGGCCUAACAGUCCCAGCCAAGAGAGGGAAAAAGUGCUCCCCAACCCAGAAAGCCCCCGAGCCUAUCCGCCUGUCCUACGGAGAAUGUGUCAGUGUCCGCCUCUACCGGCCCAACUACUGCGGUGUGUGUGCGGACGGACAGUGCUGCUCGCCACGCCGCACGCGCACUGUACCCGUGAGGUUUGUCUGCCCAGACGGCGAGCGUUUCCAGAGGUCGGCCAUGUUCAUCCAGUCGUGUAAAUGCAGCGAUGACUGCGGCCACCUCAACGAAGUGGCCCUCCCUCCACAGCAGUGGAUGUACGGAGAUACACAUCAGUUCAUAGACUAGUACUGAGGAGCAUUUUUAUUUUGUUUUAUUAUGAUGAGGUCGACUUUUUGUUGACGCUUCAAGACUAGGGGCCGUUUUUUUUCUCAUCUGGCUCCAAAUGAGGGAAGACCACAGGCACCCACCUGACUGUCCAACCGCAGGGAGGAAGGGCCACCUCUGUUUGAUUCAUCAUAAAGGCAACCCUAUUUGUGAUAUAAUUGUGACAGGAGUGGAUUGUACACUUGCACGCUCCUAAUCAAACAGACGUGGGACUGAAAUUAGAGCCCUGAAGCAAACCUGGACUUUUUCACUCUGGACUGACUGCUGGUUCGAGUGUGGAGGAUUUUUUGUUUUUUUGGAGACCCCAGGGCCAGCCUAAGAGGGGAAACCCUACGAGAGCAACACAGCACUUUGUUUAGCACAGAGACUUGGGGAACUAUGACAGCAGUGCUUAAGGAUCACCUCACCUGCAACAAUAGCCUCAAAUACUGUGAUUUUUGGAUGACGCCUUAUCCCACAAUGCACUGUAGUUACUCAAUGACAAGCAAAAUAAUAUUUUGCAGCUUUAUCUAGAAAGAUGUGGACUUUAUUAAAAAUUAUAUAAAAUCAGCACAGCAUGUUAUGUACAUCAGCGGAAACUUUGGCAUGCUGACAUGAAUUUUAUUCCAUUAUGACACAGUUAUGAUAAGGAAUGCUAUCUGGAACUGACACAAGCAUUAAGCUAGGACUGGACCAAUUUCUUGUUUGUGCAUUAAAUGCAGCUUAGAGAAAUGUCUUACGCAAACCUGUAUUUGAGAAUUUUUGGAUCACACUGUAUUCUGUAAAUAUUUUCUUUAUUUGGAUCCAUGUUUGUAUUGUCACAUUAACAUAUUUCCAUGGAUUAAGACAUUACAGUGUAGCAGUCAUGCAUUUUUGUUGGUCCAUCUAUGAGAUAAAACUGGCUGCUGAGCUCAAGGUUCAUGCCAGGUUUUAUCUCAACAUGUAGUUUUAAACUUGGCAGCCAGUUCAAAGUAGCCAAAUGUUUGGGAAAACAGCUGUGUAACUAUGAUACAGCACCCUCUGCUUGUGAGGAUAAUUAACUGCAAUAGUUUGUAUUUUAUAUGAUACUGUACUGUAACUGUUUAUUCUAACAUCUGAAAAACUUAAAUGUUUAAAAACAUUUAAAAUCACAACAAAUUUAAAGUAUAAAAAGUUUAUUUCUUCAAACAAAACAUCCAUGUUUCAACAAGGAAAACACUAAAAGAAGCACCCUGCAAAUACAUAAAAUAAAGUUUUUCAUCAUUG